AUGGCAGAAGAGUUGUUUCAAGGUUUGAUGGAGACUAAACCAACAAUUGGCAGUUUUUCCAAAUGUACAGCAAGAUUCGACGGUUCAAGAGAUCUUCAAAAAGUCGAAGAAUUCACAAAAGCCAUAUCCUUGUACAAGUACAUGGCAAGCAUUUCAGACCAAACAGCCCUACAAGAAUUACCUUUACUCCUUCAGGAUUCCGCAGCCACUUGGUGGGAUGGUAUAAAAACUAAAGUGUGCAGUUUCGACGAAGCUCUCAGUUUGAUAAAAGUUUAUUACACCCAAAGAAGACCAGCUUAUAGUGUGUAUUUAGAAUUUUUUAAGAACCAUCAGGAUGAGAACACGAGCACACGCCAGUUUGUUAGUAGGAAAAGAACUUUGUUGGCUGAACUUGCCUAUGAGUUUCCUGAGAGCACACAAAUUGACAUGGUGUACGGUUUGCUUAAAAAUAAAUUCCGCAUGAAAAUUCCACGUGAAAGUAUAACCACGUUUGAAGAUUUACUACACAAAGCUUCAGACUUGGAAACACCACAAACUUCUUCUGAAAACAAUUUGAAACUAAAAUGCACUUAUUGCAAAAAAACGAAUCAUGUAGCUGCAGAUUGCCUUAGGCGUUUAAAAUGGACAGUAAAGAAAAGUUUGAAAAACAACCAUCAAGGAUUCAAGAAAACAGAAGUUACUUCGACUACCAUUCCCAAAAUUUCGACAAAAAAGAAGUCUGAUAUUUUUUGCACUUUUUUGCAAAAGGACAAGUCACAAUAUUGA